AAUCCCUCGCCGGUCCUUGGACGGUCGUAAUCACCUCACUCAAGUUACCAGCCACGGUUAGUAGUUGGCAGUUAGCAAUCGAAUACCCCCCCUUCCUCUUACGGAAUCUACUGGACGAGAAAAAGGAGAAGAAAAGUAUUAAUUGUGAUUUUUUUUCCUUCUCUUAAAGGACGCGGAGGAGCCGGAAACAUCGGCGUAGACGAACAUCCCCACGAAGCAUCCCCUGAAGACAUCCGCAUCCCGACCUUGAAAAGCCCAGUAUAUACCACCGGCCGCGGCGGAACAGGCAACAUGGCCGUUAACGACCCCGCCCAUCCAGAACUCGCACGCGCAGCACAAGACGUCGAAGAACCUAGGCGUCCUAGUAGCUCUGACUCCUUCCAUGGCGGUCGCGGAGGUGCAGGUAACAUCGUCCACCCUACCGAUUCAGACCUCGUGAAGCUCCGCCUUGAAGAGGAGGAGCGACAGCGCCUUGCGGCCGAGAUGGCAAAACCGAGGCCCAUCGAUCAUACUAAGAUUGACUAUAGAGGCUGGGCAGAUAAAGGGAAGGACUACUUGCGAAGGGUUGCGAAGAAGGGGGGAAUGUAAACAGACAGAAUACGGUGUUAUACCUGGGGAUUUGUUGGGAGAUAUUGUUAUGGAUGGGAUGGUGGCAGUUCCCACACGUCAUGAUAUCUACAGUACUUGCGUUGUUAUCAUUCACGCAUAUAGACACCGCUUGGGAUAAAACAAAACUCUUUCUGUCUCUCUUUUCUUCGUUUCUACUUUUCACUUUCCUCUUGUUGAUCAUCCAUGCCGGUAUUCGCAGGCCAGUAGGAGGAUCAGGGGCCUAUCUUCACUUUGUUUUUUUUUCUCAAUUAGCGUUUUUCUUUUUCUUUUCAUGCUUUCUUGUUUCCUGCCUCUCCCCUCACUACUAUUUCGCUUUGAUAGCUCAUCCACGGACGUCGAUUGGAGUUGCAUCAUGACUUACUACAUUAUAACCGGGUGCGGGAUAAUUGUUUGCCGGUAGCUUGGAUGGGGUUUUCGUGAGUGAGUGAGUGGAUGAACCGAUAGGACAAGGAAAGGGAGGAGUCGGGGUCAGGCCGGGGGUGGUGAAUGGCGAGGCAGGGUAGGGUUUGGUUCCGGCCCGGCGGCACCUGUAUCAUACCAGCAAAACUAAAACCUUUGUUUGGUUCGGU